AUGUAUUGUACAAGAAGGAAGAGACUGCAGCUGAGCCGGGUGCUGUUUCUUCUCUCCGGAGUUUUUUUCUGUAUCCUCUACCAGCUGACCAUCAGUGCCAGAUUGAUCGAGCCUUUGCCAAUGCCUCAGAUUGCAGGAGACUUUGAAGAAGGUUCAACAGAGGGGGUUGAGGAGGCUACAGUAGAGACUCAGGGCCUGGAUGAACCUACAACACAGGAAUUAGAGCCCACAGAUCAAACAACAACAGAGAUGCAUCUGACACAUCAUUCAGAUACAACUUCCGUUUUUAAAGCAUCCACCCCCACUGAAUCUCCACCAUUACCAACCACAAACCGGACUAUUGUGCAUUGCAUCUAUGUGGCCCCUGAGCCUCCACAGGAGAUACCCACACCAGCUCCAGCUCCUCCUGUGACCACCAUCCCUCCAGCUCGUCCUGCUGAAGCUCCACACUUGAAGGGUGACUACCCUGAAGAUAUUUUCUCUAUUGAAGACCGUAGACGAGGCUGGGUGAUCCUCCACGUUUUUGGGAUGAUGUACAUGUUCAUUUCACUUGCAAUUGUGUGUGACGAGUUCUUUGUUCCUGCAUUGGGGGUAAUCACAGUCAAAUUAGCCAUCUCUGACGAUGUAGCAGGAGCCACCUUCAUGGCUGCCGGAGGUUCUGCUCCUGAGCUUUUCACCUCCUUAAUAGGAGUCUUCAUCGCCCACAGCAAUGUGGGUAUUGGUACAAUCGUUGGUUCGGCUGUUUUCAACAUUUUGUUUGUGAUUGGAACGUGUGCUUUAUUUUCACGGGAGGUACUUCAUCUAACCUGGUGGCCACUUUUCAGAGAUGGAUCCUUCUACAUACUUGGCCUCAUCUUACUCAUCAUCUUCUUCUUGGAUAAUGUCAUACAGUGGUGGGAGAGCAUGAUGCUGGUGUCCUGUUACACUCUCUAUGUGAUUUUCAUGAAGUUCAAUGUGCAAAUAGAGCGGACCUUCAAGUCACUACUCUUCAAAAACAAGAAAAUUGUGAGAAUUGCUGUGGAGGAACCUGAAAAGGUAAGCACUCCUACAAAUGGAGACGCUGAAGAUAAUGCCCCUCCUGCUCGAGAGGACAUGAAUCGGUUAAAGUUGAAGCCAUCCCUUCUGCGAGGGGGGAGCUCAGCUUCUUUACACAACAGCACCAUGAGAAACACAAUCUUCCAACUCAUGAUCCACACAUUAGACCCUUUAGGAGAGGAUGGUGGAAGUAAAACUGCACCGACCAAAGAGCCAGAAGCUGCCCCAGAGAAGGAGCAAUCAGAGGACAAGAAGGUAUUCUCCAACCAAGUCCUGGUGGUUAUCAAAAAGCCCAGAAAUUUCUUUCCCCAACACUUCAGGAGGAUGUGCAAGCAGGAGACGAUGGGUCAGGAGACAAUGGGUCAGGAGACUGAUGGGUCAGGAAGCUCUGACAGUGAUGAAGAUGACAUCGAUGAAGACAGCGAAGAGUCCAGUGAAGAAGAAAAUGAGGAGGAGGAGGAUGAAGAUGAAGAAGAAGGGGAUAAAGAAGAUGAACCUCUGUCUUUAGAGUGGCCUGACACAAGACGUAAACAAGCCACCUACCUCUUCCUGCUGCCCAUAAUCUUCCCUCUGUGGCUCACAGUUCCAGAUGUUCGCAACCAGAAAUCCAGAAAAUUCUUUGCAGCCACUUUCCUGGGCUCUAUCCUGUGGAUUGCUGUUUUCUCCUACCUCAUGGUGUGGUGGGCCCAUCAGGUGGGUGAGACCAUCGGCAUUUCAGAGGAGAUUAUGGGCCUGACUAUCCUGGCUGCAGGGACUUCCAUCCCCGACCUUAUUACCAGUGUGAUUGUGGCGCGUAAAGGCCUGGGGGACAUGGCUGUGUCCAGCUCUGUGGGCAGUAACAUCUUCGACAUCACAGUGGGUCUUCCAGUGCCAUGGCUUCUGUACUCGACUUUCCACAAUUUUGAUCCAGUGGCCGUCAGCAGCAAUGGGCUCUUCUGUGCCAUCGUGCUGCUCUUCAUCAUGCUCCUCUUUGUCAUCAUCUCCAUUGCAUCAUGUAAGUGGAAGAUGAAUAAGAUGCUGGGUUUCACCAUGUUCCUGCUCUACUUUAUCUUUCUGGUGCUUAGCGUGAUGCUGGAGGAUCGCAUCAUUAUCUGCCCUGUUUCCAUCUGA